CUUGUGUCCAAUUUUCUCGUAAUCCACUUCUUCUUGUAACGUUUCUAUUUUUUCCCCCCCACAAUUGCGUUGCAUUCCAGUCAAAACACAAUUAAUUCAACCCUAACCUAAAUCCGUUUGCGUCCUUCAUUCCAGUGAUACCCAGAGAACGCGAUCCUCCCUUGUAAUCUAUCUUGCUCGACUUCACCCCUUUUGCUUGACCGUUUCGUUUUCUGUGACACGUUUCAGACCUCCUGGCAGUCCCUUCCAAGUGAAAUCAUUAGGGUGUCUUACGUUUUUAAUACGCCUCUCCACCUUGUGAACACCGGGAGACAAGAAAACCGACAUCAUGUCUUCCCGGCUGGUCAAUCGCCCUCUCGAUACGAAGCAGAGGGACAAGGAUAUCAACCAGAAGCUGCAGCUCUAUGGAAUAUACCAAGCGUUCAAAAAUGGCAAGCUUCCAUCAAACAAGCAAUGCGACGUUGCUCUAAACAGCGCGCUCAAGUCUAAAGCUCUCUCGACACCAUCGAAAGAAUUGUCUGAAGAAGGACAAGCCCUUAUCGAAGACGUUCGCGACGUCAUUGAGCAGGCGAAGCGUCUCAUCCUUAGCAAGAAUGACGGCCAAUUGAUUCAAGAGUUCAUCUGGGAGGCCCAGAGCAUCACUGGUGAACAUGUCGGUGAGAAGCCAGAUGUCCCGUUGAGUAGGGAAUCCGCCCAGCAGGAUGGUAGGGAGGCUCUAGAGGGCUUGAAGACCCUUGGAAACCUCCUGAUUACCAAUGGAGAGUUUAGAAAGCUCUUGAACGAUGCCUGGAUCCUUGUCCGCGAUAUUGCUGGCGAUGCUUCCCAGAAGGCCGCCAAUCAGGUCCGGCCGUCCAAGGAACAACUGGCACAGGUUGACGAGCCUGCCGAGGAUAACACCUGGCAUGAGAAGCCUGACUAUGCAAAGCAUAAAGAGCAGUUUACUUCUCGUUUCAGGAGGAACAAGGCCACUGCCGAGCAGCAAGCGAACGAAGUCGCCGACACCGCAGCUCAGGCCGCCACUGGUGACCAGCGACAGGAUUCUGCUGUGGAAGUUGAUGGCCGUACUGGUGCCGCCGUAGGUGCUGAGAAGACUAAGGAAAAGCUUUCCGAGAACAUCCCUGAGGAGCAGAAGUCCCGUGCUCGUGAUCUCGCCGGUAAGACAAAGGGCUACCUGUCGAAGAAGAUGCCCAAGGAACGCCGCGAACAAGCUAUUUGGCGCAUGAAGAAGAUGAUCAUUGAGAUCCAGGGUCGUGCCGACUAUCAACGGGCUAUCGAGACCUUGCUGUCUCUCGCAGAGAAGUAUGGCAGUACUACUAGAGAUGUAACCCAACAGGGUGCUGGAACUGUUAAGGGUACUCGUGGCACUGAUAAGAUCAGCAAAAUGGAGAAGAACCUACGGGUUUUGAUCGAGCGAUUCGCCAACAGCACGUCUUUGGACGACCUUUUUGACUCACUAGAGAAUAUCUAUCGGGAUGCAGACAGAGAUCCUGAGCUCAAGGGAUGGUUCAAGAACAUGGACACAUUCAUCCGGAAAUCUCUCCAGGAACAAGGCUACGUUAUGCAGGAAGACUGGGACCGCCAUUAUGAUCAGCUGUCCGACCAUGGCCGAUACUUGUUGCGCGAACGCUACAGGGACCAUACAGACCGCAUUCUUGACGAAGUCAAGUUUAUUGGUGAUCAGUUCGCCCAGGAUCCCCAAAACAAAUCAUUCGGCGAAGCGGUUGAGAGGCUGUUCACUGAUCUCGGCCGGGACUCUAGCGGUAACGUCUCUUUCAAACCACAUCUCCUUACGGACCUUCGGGAUGUCAUUUUGCCUGGCAUCUUUGAGAAUGUCCGCUACGUCCCUAUCCCUCGUAUUGAGGUGUCAGACCCUAUGGCUGAUGUGGUCGUGGAGAACCUUGUCGUCGAGAGUGAUAACUUGAUGCCGAAUGUUGUCGAGUUUGGCAGUGACAACUACCUCCGUUGGGGACGCAAGAAGAUCAGCAGCAAGAGAGACAAUAAGAUCAUGGUUUCUGUUUCUGGAAUCCAGGCUGACUUGCGAGAUGUCAGUUACUACAUCAACAAGAAACAGGGAUUCCCCGCCAUCACGGAUCAAGGAGUUAUGGAUAUCUUCUUAGGCGGCGAUGGCUUCGGCUUCAAAAUCGCAGCUUCCAAUGCCCAAAAGGAAGACCGUCAAAACUUCGUCAAAUUGGACAAAGUGUCCGUGAAGAUCGACUCCUUCAACAUCAAAUUGAAGAAGUCCAAGCACAAGGCUUUGUUCACGAUCUUCAAGCCAUUGCUUUUCCGCACUGUCCGCCCCGUCCUGCAGAAGGUCCUCGAGCAGCAGAUUCGCGAUGCGUUCUCUAGGGGCGAUGCGUUUGCCUAUGAGAUCCACAGCGAGGUCAAGCGCGCAAAGGAAGCCGCCAUCGAGGAUCCCGCAAACGCGCCCAACAUCUACUCCCGCUAUCUAGAUGCCACGCGCGCCAAGAUGGAAGAGAACAAGCAGAAGGCCCAGGCUGUCGCCCAACGCGCAUCUAACACCAAGGUCCAGACAGCAACGACACUUCAUGAUUCUCUCUUCCCGGAGAUCAAGCUUCCUGGUGGCAUCUCCAGCAAGGCCACUGAGUAUAAGGAGAUCGCGGAGAGGGGAGAACGCUGGGAAUCGCCCAUCUUCACUAUCGGCGAUGCGGCUGAGUCCCAAAACAUCCCAACCCCUGCUAAUAUCACCCGCAAGCCACACACCACCGCCCAAGGCCGUAUAGCUCAUGACAACGUGACCAACGGCAGCGCAGCAGCUACCGGUGCACACACUUCCAAUGGUUCCACCACUGUCGGGGCAACGAAUGGUUCCGCUACCGUUAAAGGAACAAAUGGAGUUACCAAUGGUGCCACGAACGGCGUCCACAAGGCAAACGGUUACGGUGCUCACGGCUUCUCCGACCAGGUUGACAAAGCCUUCACUUCAAAUGGUGGCUACAAAACCACCCAGGAUGGUGUCACCGCUACCAUCCCGGGAGCUGAACAUGCUUUCAACCCCCAGACCGCUUAAGUGGCCAGGCCUCGCACACGAUUGAUCAAUGACUCCCCAAAGAUGUAUCCUAUUGCUGUUUAUAUGUUUUUGAUAUCCCAAUUUCAGUUUGUAUUUGUGAUAUUGGUUCUGUUACCCCCUUGUGUUGAAUUAUGAAUUAUGGGUUUGGUGCCAGGAACUUCUAAUCAUGAUCAUGCACCUUCUCUUAUGUGUUAAUGUUCUAUAGUUGGGACUUGUCGGAACGUACUUAGUUAAUCGAAUGUCUAAUCCGCUCUUACUGUA